UUCAAUUGUGCCGAAACCAUCAAGAAGAGAGGAUAUUUUACUCUAAAUAUGAACGUCGAGAUUUCAAAAAUUCCAAUAACACUUCGAGACUACUUUUUCCACGACCCAUUCUUCAAGGCGAACUGGCACAAGUUCGACGAGCUGAAGGAGAGCGUGGUCAAGGUGUCGAAGGAAGUCUUGAACAAGUUUCGAGGAUUUUUCCGAAACCUAGCCUACAUGCCGUUUCUAGGAUAUAACAAGGAGGAGGGCGAGGUGGAGAUCCUUCAUUUUCCGCGCAAAUGGAUGCUGCCCUCCCUCCCGGAGUUGCAGGAUAACAAGGAUGCACUAGAGAUCUAUAGAGACCUGGAUAACGAGCUCAUUAGGUUCAAGGAGACCAAGGACGAACUGGAAAUCACCCUCGACACGCAUAUUUUCAAACCGGACGAGAUCUGUGUAACUGUGGAAGACGGACGAAUAGUUGUUGUCGGAUACCAUAAAGACGAGAUGGACGACGGAAAGCGUUCAACGAUCCGUCAGUUUCGACGUAAGUAUGUUCUGCCGGCCGGGUUGGACCAGAAGGAUGUGAUAUCAAACCUAUCCAAGGAUGGAGUGCUGGUGAUUAUAGCUCGGAGAGGUGUAGGGAGUAAACCCGUCCUAGAGGCACUAGAUGCUGACGAUUGGGUUUACACAGGAUACAUGUAGAUUCAACAAAAUGCAUAUUUACAAACCGCUACUAUACAUAUCUAUAUAUAUUUUUGUGAUUUUGCUCAAAAUUGUUGAUCAAUAAAAUCUCACAUGUAU